UAAAAGCCCCACGGAAAACAUAAAACCGAACCCAACUUUCGCUGAGCGAAAUUUCGAUCGACAGCGACUCCAACUUUCCCUUCUCCAAAAAAUGGCGAUGACCAUUGAAGGCUUGCUGGGCUUGCUUUUAUGUUUUCAGCUAGUAUACUGUUACAAAUUCUGGCUUGUGCGUUAUACAACAACUGGUGGCCAAUGCUUUCAGCUCUCAUGUAUGUUCUGGUGCCGAUGCCUUGUUUAUUCUUUGGAGGUGGGUCAACUCAGUUUCUAAUUAGCCGAGAUGGUGGGGGUUGGAUAGAUGCUGCCAAAUUUCUUACAGGGGCAUCUGCUGUGGGAAGCUUUGCAAUUCCCAUUAUUCUUAGGCAUGCUCAUAUGAUUUCAACUGGUGCAAUGUUCAUUGAAUUUACAUCGUUCAUCAUAUUUGUCUGCACCGUCUUGUGUUUUCACCGUGCUAGCCUUGAAGACGACUGGUAAUAAUGCCCUCCAUAAGUUUUCACGUAAGUUGCAUGUCAGUUCAAUGGGAUCUCUGACGCUUGUUAGUUGUUUAAAUGUAUGGUCCAUCUGCAAGAGAAAAGAAACAGAAAAUUUUCCAUUUGUAAAUGUGUCCUAUGUAUAUCUUUGACAAAACAGUUGAUUUACCUUCUGCUUCACUUGGUUUGCUCCGAGUAUCAUUUUCAUGUUGUACGCAGGGAUACUUGUAUGAUAAUGUCUUGGUCAUUUAACAACAGAACAAUUGAAACUCACUUAUUAA